CGGUGGCUUCAGGUCUCCCGGCACGAUGGUGAAGUUGGGGAACAAUUUCGCGGAGAAGGGCGCCAAGCAGGCGCUGCUGGAGGAUGGCUUCGACACCAUCCCCCUGAUGACGCCCCUCGAUGUCAAUCAGCUGCAGUUCCCGCCCCCGGAUAAGGUGGUCGUGAAAACCAAGACCGAUUAUGAACCCGACCGCAAGAAAGGCAAAGGGCGUAUUUCCAAAAUAGCCGAGUUCACCGUCAGCAUCACCGACAGCAUGUCCGAGAGGUUUAAGGUGUCCGUGCUGGUCUUCUUCGCCCUGGCCUUCCUCACCUGCGUCGUCUUCCUGGUGGUGUACAAGGUGUACAAGCACGAACGCCUGUGCCCUGAUGGGUCCAUCCUCAAGAAUGCCCAGUGCAUUCCCGACGGCCUGGCGGCCUACUACGCGGAGCAGGACGCCCACUCCCCGGACAAAUUUUACGCCAUCGUCAACCACUACGACCUGGCCAAGCAGAGCAUCAGCCGCUCGGUUUCGCCCUGGAUGUCGGUCUUGUCGGAAGAGAAGCUGUCCGAGCAGGAGACUGAAGCCGCAGAGAAGGCGGCUUAGCGAGGGGCAGGUUCCUAACAGUCUGGAGGUGACGAAGGGACUUGGAGGGACAUUUCAUCAAAAAUAAUUACCGGUAAUUUAGAGGUCACUCAUUUAUGGUGCCACCGCUUCUGCUAACGCUGCUUCGCGACGUGACGCGCUGCAGGCCCGCCACGGGCUCGGCGAGCUCUGACGCCGCUUUUCGUGUUAAGGAAUCUUGAUUUAGCUCCUUUACUGGGAUUUGUUGGAUGCGGUCAAAAAUAAAUUUACCCCGGAUGUGCAAGGGGUUUGGACUUCGGAUAAAUGGGGCAUUCGUGGAGUUGACCGUUUUAAACCCCCUUGCCAUGUGCAGACCUCACCCUAGCGUAUCUAGACUGACCCCCCGCUUUGCUCAGAGCAGCUGCACGCCACCCCCCCACCGUCAGAUGGCGCAGUGAGCGGGCGUGUAUGCAGGACAGGUGCCCCCAGUCACCAUCAGGCUGUGUUUUGCUCAAGUGCAUGUCGCUUAUGGCAAAGCACAUGAGGUGAGGGGCUGGAGAGAUGACCUGGGGCUGCGAGCGCCGACUCCCUGUAGGUCGUGUGUCUGCUGUGACGUGCAGAUAGGAUUGGAACCCCAUGGGCCCCUUUGUUCACUCCGCUAUGGAUAAAUCUGCACCAUUGGCCCUGUGAGCAAGUUGGUUUUUAAAACAUUAGCUGGGCGGGAAAAUGUAACUGCUGGUGAGCCAAGGCCACUUUAAUUUUAAUUUCGUGAAACAGAUGUAACUCCUUUGAUGUAAGCAGCGGGCGGGAAAGGCUGGUGGGGUGGGGGGGCUGGUGUGGCACCUCGCAAGUCCAAUUAUGACAUUUCAACUCACAAU